AGAUAAAACAAGAAUCCUAACUGGACCACAGUUCUUCUGUGCACCAAAAAGCUUUGUAAUAGAAAGGAGAGAUGCCAGUAAUAUAUCUGCACUGUGAUGGUUGACCCUUGUGAUGUCUGCUUUCCACUUCUUGUUCAGCUAGAAAGACAUGAAUUCAAAAGUCAGAGCAGACCUGUCAGAAUGCAGCAUCACAGAACGUCUUGUUUUAUUUUGAGUUUCCUGCUCUCCUUUGAAGUGUGCUGUGACAGGGAUACCUCAAGGACAGAGUCAAGGGAGAAGCUUGUAAGCCGAGAAAAGCCAUGGGCUUGAGCUAUGCCAGCCUUCACGUUUCCUACAAGAUCAAGCUGUUGCUGCUUUUCACCUUGUGUGUCUUAUUGGUGGGCUGGGCCACUUCCACUUACCUAGUUAACGCUGUGCAUGAAACCCUGAGAGCAAAAAGUGUGGUGGGAAGUUUCAGAAAACCAGCUACUAUCACAGAGGAUCGCACAGAAAAUGCAAAAAGCAAUACUAUGCCUACUAUGAAACUACCCAUAAUGAAGUCACCAUGCCCCUCUCUGUCUCCAUAUCUGCGAGGCCCUAGCACGCUUGCAUUCAAAGUAUCUCUCACCCUGGAAGAGGUGCAGAAAGAGAAUCCUCAGGUGGCAAAGGGACGGCAUCACCCAAAAGGAUGCUCAGCUCAACAACGAGUAGCAAUAUUGAUCCCACACCGCUAUCGAGAGAAGCACCUGCUGUACCUGCUGGAGCACAUUCACCCAUUCCUACAGCGGCAGCAGCUGGACUAUGGCAUUUAUGUCAUCCACCAGGCUGGCACUGCCAAGUUUAACAGAGCAAAACUGCUGAAUGUGGGUUACUUGGAGGCCCUGAAGGAAGAGAACUGGGAUUGUUUCAUAUUCCAUGAUGUGGAUUUGGUGCCGGAGAACGACUUCAACAUUUACACAUGUGCCAGUCAGCCAAAACAUUUGGUAGUGGGCAGAAACAGCACAGGUUACAGGUUGCGUUACCAAGGAUACUUUGGGGGCGUAACUGCUCUAACAAGGGAGCAAUUUUCCAAGGUGAAUGGAUUUUCUAACAACUACUGGGGCUGGGGAGGAGAGGACGAUGACCUCCGCAUCAGGGUUGAAAUGCAGAAGAUGAAGGUUGUUCGUCCUCCUCCUCAUGUGGCCAAAUACACUAUGAUUUUCCACACAAGAGACCAUGGCAAUGAGGAAAAUGAACAGAGGAUGAACCUCUUGCAUCAAGUAUCCAGAGUAUGGAAAACAGAUGGGCUAAACUCCUGCUCUUAUAAGCUGCUCUCAGUGGAAUACAACCCUUUGUACACCAACAUCACGGUGGAGUUUGGCAGGCCAACCAAGAUUUCAUAACAAUCUCUUGUGCCUAUUAAAUUAUGUGGCAAUGGAAGAGAACUUUGAGUGUCAAUAGCAAUCAUCUAAUAUUCUGUUGGUGGUUUCCCAGCAUUGUGUACAUUGCAGGGGGAAGAAUAGCUUUUUCAUCCUUAGUAGUUUUGCUAACAGUUUAUUCUUGAACUUUAUCUGGUGACUGGGGUUGAUUUGAGAGAUUACUGUGAUCAUGGCUUUUUCUUUGAUAAAAAUAUUAAUUCCUUCCUCUGGAGGAAAUCUGCUUCCACUGCCUGAAAAUUAUCCGUUUUGAUAUAGCCAAUGUUGAAUUGCCACCUUUUAAAAGUGGAAACGGGUAUAAGGACAAUACUGCCAUGCUUUUUCAAAGGAGCUAAGACAAAGGGCUUUUUCAUCCAGGGGCAAUUCUUUUGUUUUUUAAUGGAAUAGCCAUGUUGGAAACGGCUGUUCUUUCCGCCAGUUGAACAAAGUAUAUUGUAAUCUUCUGAGUUUGAAGGUACCUAAUACUGUUAUGUAAAGACACCCACAGUGAGAAUGAGGGAGAUUUGAAAACUCUCAAUAAAAUAUAACUGAGUAUACUGAAAA